ACUCUCUCACUCUCUCACUCACUCUCACUGCACACAACACAUUGCAUUCCAUUACUUUACCAAACCAUUAUCAAUCACCAAUGUCAAGUUCAGCAAGAAAACUAACCUUCAACACCGUCUCCGUCAGUUUGGGCUGCGGCACCUGCAGGAGGCCCAAGCUUCUCCGUCACAUAUUCCACCCCAAACGUCGCCCCAAGAGGCCCACCUUCCGAGCCCAAACCCAUCACUGGUCGCAAGACAGAGACGACACUACUACCACCGCCACCACCAGUACCACCACCACCACCACCUUCUCUCCGUGCCAUGUCGACUCUUCCGCGCAGUUCUGCGACUACGCCAAGAGCGUGCGGGGGUUCGGCCGCGUGGGGAGCGAGGGCGUGGCGGUGGAAAAAGACUCCGACGACCCUUACCUCGACUUCCGGCACUCCAUGCUCCAGAUGAUACUCCAAAACGAGAUUUACUCCAAAGACGAUCUCAGAGAACUUCUCAACUGCUUCCUCCAGCUCAAUUCACCGGACCACCACGGCGUCAUCGUCAGAGCCUUCACCGAGAUCUGGAACGGCGUUUUCUCCGUCAGCUCCGGCGCCACCGCAUUCCACCGCAACCGUAAGACUCGUGACUUUUAGCCGCUCCCACGCGCCUCGCCAAUCGUGUAAUAAUAACAUUGUAACGAUAGUAAGGUAGUUUAGUUCCUUAGUCACUAAGUAGCGCUUUGUUUGGAUAAAUCUGUGACCGGAAGAAAAUAUGAAGUUCUCUGGUAAAAUCAAUUUAUGCACUUUUUUUUUUCUUUUACAAAAAAGAGAAUUUCUUAAAAAUUUAGUGCAUGACUUGAUUUUAAACCACGAGAAUAAAAUUAAUUAUUAAUUUUCUUAUUUUCCUCCAUUUAUCCGAACACGUGUUUUAGACAUGUUUAUUGAAGUACUAUAUUUGUAAGUUCAGAUAUUUGUAACGUUGUAUUCUGUGGCGCGUUUGGAUCUCAACCAACUUAUUCUGAUUGUUUCGCUUUUGUUA